AUGCAGAAGGCCGGGGCAGGGGGCCGGAGAGCCUCUGACUGCGGCCCAGCCCCUCACCGGCCCAGGUGCAUCACCAAGUUCGCCCAGUAUGUGGGUUCCUUCCCUGUGGACGACCUGGACCCCCAGGAGAGCGUGUGGCUGGUUCAACAACAGCUGUGGGCACUGAAGGAUUGUCCCAGACGCCGGGCUGUCAUCCUGAAAUUUAGCCUUCAGGGCCUCAAGAUCUACAGCGGGGAGGGUGAGGUGCUCCUGAUGGCUCAUGCUCUGAGGCGCGUGCUCUACUCUACCUGGUGCCCAGCUGACUGCCAGUUUGCCUUCGUGGCCCGAAACCCCCAGAGCCCAGCCAGCAAGCUCUUCUGCCACCUCUUUGUAGGCAACCAGCCAGGAGAGGUCCAGAUCCUGCACCUGCUGCUCUGCCGUUCCUUCCAGCUUGCUUACCUCUUGCAGCACCCUGAGGAGCGGGCACAGCCUGAGCCCUGCCUGGCGUCUGCAGGAGACAUGCCCCUGAAGCCACUGUCCAGCCCGGGGGGCCCCCCUGGCCUUGUACGGGAACCCUUCAGCCGGGAUCAGCUUUCACAGAACGUUCAUGCAUUGGUCUCCUUCCGGCGGCUUCCUGCAGAGGGGCCUGUGGGCAGUGGGAAGGAGCUGCCAGAGUCAGAAGGCCAUGGGGGCACCCGCCAUGCCCGCCUGGGGAAUCCCUACUGCUCACCCACACUGGUGCGCAAGAAGGCCAUUCGCAGCAAGGUGAUCCGCUCCGGGGCUUACCGAGGCUGCACCUACGAGACUCAGCUGCAGCUGUCAGCUCGGGAGGCCUUCCCUGCUGCGUGGGAAGCGUGGCCCCGGGGGCCUGGUGGUCCCUCGUGCCUGGUGGAGAGUGAGGGCAGUCUGACGGAGAACAUCUGGGCCUUUGCUGGCAUCUCCAGGCCCAGUGCCCUGGCCCUGCUGCGGAGAGACGUGCUUGGGGCCUUCCUGCUGUGGCCCGAGCCGGGCGCCAGUGGCCAGUGGUGCCUGUCAGUGCGGACACAGUGCGGCGUGGUGCCCCACCAGGUCUUCCGGAACCACCUGGGCCGCUACUGCGUGGAGCACCUGCCUGCUGAGUUCGCCAGCCUGGAGGCCCUGGUGGAGCACCAUGCUGGGACGGGGCGAAGCUUCUUCUGCGCCCUCGACAUGGGCCGCCUGAAUCCUGGCUAUGAGGAGCAGGACCGGGGGUCCGAGGGCAGACCCCCCCGGACACUGCGGCCCCUUGGCCAUGCCAAGUCCGAGGCAGAGCUGCAGGGCCUGGGCUAGGAGGCUGGGCCCCAUGCCCACUGGCCCCGCCUCACCCUGGCUCCUGGGCCUCAGCGGGCCGCCCUGCCCUCUGCCACCCCGCUGGUCACCAGUUCCAUCCAGUCACUCUGCCCCUUGGACCAGUCUUCCGUCACUUCACUGCCUGUGGUGGGGGUGGGGAGCCCUGGCACUGGGGAUUGCCCAUGGCUUCUCGUAGGACGUGACCGCUGAGACUGCAGGAAGGGCAGGUGGAGCUCCAGGCUUCUGUUAACUUGCUAGGUGACUUUGGAUGCUUGUCUCUAGGCUUCACCUUACUCCUCGGAGGGGAGCCUUCUGAGGUGGGCAGGAAGGUGUGCUCACCAGGGACAUGGCCUCCUAAGGCGGCCAGGCCUUGUGGCCCUGACUGGGAGUCUCCCAAGGGCACCUGACUGAGGUUGCCAGCCAUGUAAGGGAGAGGUGUCUGGGGAGGCAGGAGCGAGUCCUCACUGUGGGCAAAGACCUGGGGGCAAGCCACCCUGUCCAUGAGAGAAACAGGACUUGAGGAGCUAGUGGGCAUGGCGUCUGGGCUGAGCUACACUCAGGCUGACAGAGCAUGCCUGUUUCUCACAUCAUUUGAGAUUAAGGCAGUCUCCCCUUGAGUGUUGAGACAUGAGGGUUAAGGGGGCAUAGGAUGGCAGAAUGGACGAAGAGCCUUGCCCCCCAAGCCCAGGCGGACACCUGUGUGCAGAAGGGAUGUGAACCAGCAGACAGGGCAAAGAAUCUCUGUGUUGCUUAGAAAGGCUGGUUGGUCUCCACUCAAAACCACAGGGUUGUGAUUCCUGCCUUCUGUGGAGGGAUGCCCUGUCUCACCCCUCCCCAACAACCCCAAGAACCACCAAGAUGCGCGCGCGCACACACACACACACACACACACACACACACACACACACACCGCACACACUGGCUCGUUUCCUUUGUCCAUUUGACUGGCAGGGGCCAGCAGUGAGCCGCAGGAGUACUGGGGUGACCGGGGCUCUAUUCAACUUAUUCUGCAGGCCAUUCUGGGUCUAGCGGCUGCCUGGGAAGCCACCUGGUUUUGGUCCACUUCCCAUAACGUGG